AUGUCUCUCUUACCGAGUUCUGGGGCAUAUACUAAGGAUUUUGUGGUUGGGUUGAAAUAUCGUGUUAAACGAAAAAUUGGAUGUGGAUCUUUUGGAGAUAUCUUUUUAGGAAUCAAUAUAACCAAUGGAGAGGAAGUUGCUAUUAAAAUGGAAUCAUCAAAAGCUCGUCAUCCACAGCUGAUGUAUGAGUAUAAAGUUUAUAGAAUUCUUAAUGGUGGCGUUGGUAUUCCUCAUAUUCGAUUCUUUGGUGUUGAAAGAGAAUACAAUUGUCUUGUCAUGGAUUUACUUGGUCCAUCACUUGAAGAUCUUUUUACAUUUUGUGGUCGACGUUUUACAAUGAAAACAGUUCUUAUGUUGGUUGAUCAAAUGAUUGGCAGAAUCGAAUAUGUACAUGUUAAGAAUUUUAUCCAUAGAGAUAUUAAACCAGAUAAUUUUCUUAUGGGCAUUGGCCGUCAUUGUAACAAACUUUUUUUGGUAGAUUUUGGAUUAGCUAAGAAGUACAGAGAGACGAGAUCUCGUGUACAUAUUCCUUAUAGAGAGGAUAAGAAUUUGACAGGAACUGCUAGAUAUGCUUCAAUAAAUGCUCAUCUUGGUAUUGAGCAGAGUAGACGUGAUGAUAUGGAAUCAUUGGGAUAUGUUCUUAUGUACUUUAACAGAGGAACUUUACCAUGGCAAGGAUUAAAAGCAGCUAAUAAAAAACAAAAAUAUGAACGCAUCAGUGAUAAGAAAAUGUCAACACCAGUUGAGGUGCUUUGCAAAGGAUUUCCAGCAGAAUUUUCAAUGUAUCUUAACUACAGUCGCGGUCUAAGAUUCGAUGAAGCACCGGAUUACAUGUACUUAAGGCAAUUAUUCCGUAUUCUUUUCCGUACACUUAGCCAUCAAUAUGAUUAUACUUUUGAUUGGACAUUAUUGAAACAAAAAGCUGCUACAAGAAUGCCACAACAAACUGAGGCAAUUGAAUUAAACCAAUCUCAAAGUGGAAAUGAAGCGAAAUAA